GAUAUAACCGACCUGGAAAUCACCCUCUCCCGGGAAAGAACCAUCGUCUCGGCCAAGUUCUGUUGUUGUCUUGUUAGAUUAUUUACCUCCGUUAAUCAAAAGUCAUGGAUGUGUUUUUGAUGGUACGGAGGAAGAAGACCACAAUCUUCACAGAUGCCAAGGAAACAACAACAGUCAGGGAAUUAAAGAAAAUAAUACAAGGAAUUAUGAAAGUUGAACCCGAGAACCAGCAGCUAAUGAACGAACGUGGGACAGAAAUAUUUGAUGACGACAAACAGCUCAGCGACUACAAUCUAUCGGCCCAGACAGCACGAGCUCAGAGUCCUGCUACUGUUGCACUUGUAUUUAGGCAGGAAAAUGGAGAUUUUGAGCCGCUUGAUAUCACACCUUUAUCAUCCCCCCCUGAGCUGCCGGAAGUGAUGAAACCUCAGGAACCUCAAACUCACGACCUUAAUUGAGGCAUGGGGUCUUGAGCAACUGGAGAUUACCUCACCAAGCCUUCUCACCAACCUGUUGGGCCUCUGAAAAGUUUUUAUAUAUGAUCAUUGUGAAUUUCUUUUCUUUUUUUCAUUUAGUCAUCAAAAUAAGACGUCAUCUUCUCCCUGUUAACUAUAAUGAUGGUGUAAGAACAUGCAAGGUUUCCUUUUUUCUCCCUAAUUGCCAGAGUCCCAUCAGUAGGUUUAUUAACCAGAUACCACUUCACCCAGUGUUGUAUGUGCAGCCUGUAAAUUUGUGCCCUUGUACCACAGAGUGCAAGAUAUAGUGAGUCAGAAUCUCUGAAUUGCAUGAGAGAGAAAGAGAGAAUUUAUUCUCUUGUUUUGGGAAAAAAAAAGAGGCAUAAAAGCAUCCAUCUGCAUGUUUAUUCCCAAUUUAUUAAACCAUGAUAUAUUUUAAGCAUUUAGGGUCCAUCUUCAUUACUCACUUGCAUGACUAGCUCAUCACAGCCCAAGACAUUCGAUAUAAAAAAAGCAUAAAUCUCUAGACGAUUUGCAAGUGAGAAAUACAUCCUCACUUGUAAGCCUUUUAUGUGUGCAGUUGAAUUUUGUUAAAUGGGUUAUAUCUACAUCUUCAAAAACUUUUGUGAAACAUCCCUGAAUUAAUGCGUAGAACUUAAUGUCAUCUCAAGUGGGUUGACAACAUAGUUUACUCAAGGAAGAAAAUUCUUGUGCACAUACAUACAGAUGUAUAUAUACAUAUAUAUACACACCCAAGUACAUACAUGUAUAUAUAUGUGUGUGUAUGUGUAUAUAUAUACACAAGUAAUCAGGAAUGUUAGAAUUGGAAUACACUGCUAAAAUUGGAAAAGCAUAUAUAUAACAACUUUUGUGUGUAAUAGCAGUCAAUAUGUUUCAUAUUGUAAGGACUGCUGAUUAAAAGAGAUGAAUUCAAUGUUAAGAAUUUUUCUUUAAUUCACUGUUUUUUUUUAGGUUUAUUUCAACUUGAUCUGUGUGGCCAAUCUGUUUGGAGCUUUGUCUGGAAUGUAUUUAUGUGCAUGUACGGUAUAUGCAUAUGUAUUUGUAUAUGUGUAUAUAUACGUUUGUGUGUAUAUAUAUAUAUAUACAUAAAUGCUUUUGUAUGCAUAUAAGUAGAUGUAUAUGUAUAUAUAUAUAUAUAUGUGUGUGCAUAUAUAUAUCUUUUUAUUUAUUAAAUGGUAAUGUUUUGUGUGUAUGAAUUAGUUGGUCACAACUUGCGUUUGAAAGCCAUAUUAAAAUGUGUGUACUAUGAAGCAAAGGUUGAUUGUCUUCAUUCCAAGGUAAAUUACACUGCACAACAUGAGUGUCUGAACUUUAAUUGAUGCAGGUAUUGUCAGAAAGUAGAAAAAAAUGGCAGACUAGAUGAAGAAAAAAGUGCCACCACAUUUCUAUUUUUGUUGCUCAUAAAGCAAUGUUUUUAUUAAAUUACAAAGGACAGUUGUACUGUUGGUUAUCUUGAGGUUGUUGUGGAGAACUCUCUUAUUUCCAUUAGCUUUCUGUUGGCUGCAUUUGUGAAGAACUGAAUUAAUAUAGUAUAAACAAACAACAGUACACACUACUAUAUAAUGUACUGGAAAAAAUUACUCUGUCCUAAAAAAAAAAGAAACUUUUAUGCUUUUAGGUGUAUUUGAAUAAAGUUUGAUAGAUUAUUAUUUAUUAGGAGGAAAAUAAAAGUUCAUAUUACUUAAAUCCAAAAAUACAACUCUAUAGCAUAGGAAUUAUUACUGUAUUUUGAACAUUAUAUACAUACUGUCCAGAUUUUUUAAACCUUGUUUUUCUUUUCUUUUAUUGUACAGAUAGUAUGAUUCAUAAAGUAUACUGUUCUUUACCACAUUGGAGUUUGAUAUUUAAAACCAUUACUUAUAUUAGUUCACAGGACCCAUCAAUAAAGUAAAACAAGGUGCUAUUAAUAGGUAUGUCAAUACAGUAAUAAAAUGUUGCCCCUAAUAAUUUCCAAAGUAAUAUAGUUGACAAGUCCCAAUUAUCAACAUUCAGCUGUACUACCAAGGUAAGCCUUGGACGAUUUCAAUUCCUCAGAAUGGUUAUGUGUUGAAAUAAGAAAAAAAAAAAAAAAAAAAAAUACAAAUUGAAAAUUAAGUAGAUGAAAAUUAGGCAUUUUGGUUUGUUGAGUCUUUGACCCUUAUUCCCCGAGCAACUUGUAGAGGGCUGCAACACUAGUUAAGCAGCUGAUUCACUUUGUUUCAUGAUAAAGAAAUGGAAGAUGAUCAAAGGUGUUUGUUUACUGAGUGUUAUGUAUGGGGAAAAAAUCUGUUCAGAUAAAUGUGGGGAUGAAAUCAAGUCAGGUUGGCUGUUUAAGUCGUAUGGAUAUAGAGAAUAAAAGAAUUGUUUUAUGAUG